AUGGUGGCUCAGAUAUAUGUAGAUGACAUUGUCUUUGGUGGGAUGUUAGAUGAGAUGGUCCAACAUUUUGUCAAGCAGAUGCAAUCUGAGUUUGAGAUGAGCAUGGUUGGUGAAUUAACCUACUUCCUUAGGUUACAAAUCAAGCAGAUGGAAGACUCUAUUUUUAUUUGUCAAGAAAAAUAUGCAAAGAAUAUUGUGAAGAAGCUUGGAUUGGAGAAUGCCAGUCACAAACAAACUCCUUCUCCUACACACUUGAAGAUGUCCAAGGAUGAAAAAAGGGUUGAUGUUGAUCAAAGUCUGUACAGAAGCAUGAUUGGUAUUCUUCUCUACCUUACUACAAGUAGACCAGACAUCACUUUUGUUGUUGGGGUAUGUGCUAGGUAUCAAGCAGAACCAAAAAUGAUUCAUCUCAAUCAAGUCAAAAUAAUUCUGAAGUAUAUAAGUAGUACGUACAACUAUGGAAUACUGUACUCACAUAACUCAAACACUAAGUUAUUGGGGUAUUGUGAUAAUGAUUGGGCUGGAUGUGAUGAUUAUAGAAAGAGUACCUCUGGUGGAUGUUUCUUUCUGGGAGACAACUUAAUCUCAUGGUUCAGUAAGAAGCAAAAUUGUGCAUCGCUUUCCACAGUUGAAGUUGAGUAUAUAGAAGCAUGUAGCAGUUACUCUCAAUUUAUGUGGAUGAAGCAAAUAUUGUCUGAGUACAAUGUCACACAAAAUGUUAUAACAUUGUUUUGUGACAAUUUUAGUGCUUUAAUAUCUCCAAAAAUCCUAUUCAACACAGUAGGACCAAGCACAUUGACACCAGGAAUCGUUUCAUUAGAGACCUUGUUGAAGACAAAGUCAUUAUUCUCGAGCAUGUGA